UUCUGCAGAAUCCAAUACAAAAUGGACGGACAUUUUUAAAACUUUUGCGAACUGGAAUGGAACCUACAAAUAUGGUUUCCGUAGUUUCCCCUUCAGUAUUACAGUGAAUUCAGCCCACUCUGAUACCGGCCUGUACACAACAUUUUCUGACGGUGAUGCAGCAUUUGACAUGUCUGGUCAUUUUUAUGGAAAUGAUGACUCCAAGAUUAGGGUGAUAUUCACUAUGACCAAGCUAUUGAAAUCAAGUUCCCACUUCACUCCCAAUAACGAGUUACAGAUCAUCGGCUUCCUUACAAGGAUGUCAGGCUAUGAUGGUUGGACUUUCCAAGGCAAUGUUACAAAACCAGAAAACAACUUUUUUCAAGGAUUCAAUUUUUCAGCUAAUAAUGGAAAGAUAACUCCUGCCGAUCCUUAUCCCCCGGUGAAUGAAUCUCUGCGAGUCGGCCUCACCAUUGGACUUAGUCUGGUUUGUGCUUUCAUAGGCGUUGCUGCCAUGGUUGCUAUUACAGUGUGGGCAAUACGCAAAGGAUAUUUACGACAUGUUCCGACUAGUUACGAAAAUUUAAAAAAUCCUAAACCAGCAUACAGAGCUAAAGAUGACAGUUUGCAUAUUUAAUUUUUUUCAGUAAAAUUAGAAAAUACUGUCUGCAAUAUUCAAAUGUUUUAUUAUUAAAAAAUGUAUGAAGUUGUUAUAAAUUUUUCCAAUGAUUUUAAAAGUAACAGAUUUAAGCUCUGAAACCAUUGAAUUGUUGAUCAUAUCCUUUUCUUAAAGGCAGCAUGAAUUGCCAUGGUAUAUAUAUUCAAUACAAAAAGGACUCACUACUUAAUUGCAAUCUGACCUUAUGAAUUUCAUCGAAGAAGAUACUGGUAUUUCAUUGAAAUUUUUCUGGAAACUUUUUUUAUUUAUUUAUUCUUUUUUUUGUUUUUAACUUUAUCAUGAACAUUGUAUAUAGACAUAUAUAUGAGAUAUUAAAGUUUUGCACUGUCUUACUAUGGUGUUUAUAGUCGUAAUGAAUGACAGAGCUUCACAGGCAGACAUAGUAUUGUGCACUAGCACAGUAUGUAAUGUUUGCAUGCAAAAAUCUGUCAUUUACAAAGGCUUAAAAUAUCAAAGCAAGGCAGUUUCAUACUUAACUUACAUUCAAUAUGCUUUUUAAUAGAUUUUACUGACUUGUAAAUUCUUAUUUGAGUGUAUCCAAGAGGCUGGGUUUAGGAGUGAAAACAUAAGUUCAAUUUUUUAAUUAGACCGCUUCAAAACUGGUUCCAACAUAUUCAAUAGUGUACCGGGGUAAAUGUAUAAUUCAAAUCUUGUUAAAUUUUUUAGUUAUCUCCCUUGCAGCCUUAAAUCCCAGUAGAACACUCUUUUGCACAUGAACAUUUUUACUUUAAACUAAAUUAAUUUUGGAAAAUUCAUUUCUGUAUCAGACAAUCUUCCUCAUUACCGUUUUUUGACAUAUCAACUAUCUAGAGUGUACAUACAUGUAUUAAUGUUUUUGUUUUAUGAGAAUGUUUAUAUUCUCAAGUGUUUAACACUUAUCAUGUUCUUUUGUGUUUGAAUUCACAUUCCCAAUAUUUUUUGUCAUUCUGUGUUAUUUUAUUGACAAUAUGAUAAUGUACUGGUGUGGCUUGUUGAUCAAUGGCGUACAUGCAUUAGACACAAAGAUAUUUUAAUAGUUAUAAUGUUUCGGGAUUAAGACUCAAAAUCCUCUGUCCUGUACCUACAAUGAGCCCUGAAGUUUAAUUGAUAAAUGGACAGAAGAAAUUAUUUCCUGUCAUCAAAGAUGGGUUCCCACCUAUUUCACUCAUUUUUUGUUUCUAUGAAAAUUUCGAUUUCUAUACAUUGUAAUAUUUUUGUUAAUACCACUUUUGUUGAGUUAUUUUGCGGAGUAAGUAACAAUAUUAAAUGACUUUUUCUCAGAUUUAAUUCCCUCCUUCAAAAUUAUGCCUUCUCCACCUUGUGAAAGCUACCGGUAACUAAAUGAUAAUGUGACAUUCCAUUAUACUAAUGAAGCAAACAUGGCUGUAAGCAAGUUGUGAUUCUCCUAAAUAAGGUGAUGAUGCCCUGCAAGUGAGAGAUGAUUCUCCGAAAGCUGUAAAUGAGUGAUUCUGUGAAAUAAGGUGAUGGUCGCUGUAAACGAGUGAUAAUUCUCCGAAAUAAGGUGAUGGGCACUGUAAAUGAGUGAUAAUUCUCUGAAAUUAGGUGAUAAGGCGCUGAAAACAAGUGAUGAUUCUCUUAAAUAAGGUGAUAAGGCGCUGUAAACGAGUGAUGAUUCUCUUAAAUUAGGUGAUGGUCGCUGUAAAUGAGUGAUUCUGUGAAAUAAGGUGAUGGGCGCUGUAAACGAGUGAUGAUUCUCAGAAAUAAGGUGUUGGUCGCUGUAAUUGAGUGAUGAUUCUCUUGAAUUAGGUGAUGGUCGCUGUAAACGAGUGAUGAUUCUCUAAAAUGAGGUGAUAAGGCGCUGUAAAUGAGUGGUGAUUCUCUGAAAUUAGGUGAUGGUCGCUGUAAAUUAGUGAUUCUGUGAAAUAAUGUGACAGUCGCUGUAAACAAGUGAUGAUUCCCUGAAAUUAGGUGGUGGUCGCUGUAAAUGAGUGAUUCUGUGAAAUAAGGUGAUAAGGCGCUGUAAACGAGUGAUGAUUCUCCAAAAUAAGGUGAUGGUCGCUGUAAACGAGUGAUGAUUCUCCAAAAUAAGGUGAUGAUGCCCUAUAAACAAGAGAUGAUUCUCUGAAAUAAGGUGGAUAAGGAUAACUAACACUGGAAUAAUGAAUGAUUAUUUUCAACUUCGUUCAAUCAAUAAGCUUUUCAUAAUGCUAUUUGAUCAUAAAAAUUUUGUUGUCAUGGGGAAAAAAAUCUGUUACAAUAAUGUAUUGACAGAGCAAACAGACAGCAGUAAUUGAUCUUUUACUAGAUAAUAAUUGUUUGUAGAUAUAUAACGAUCAUACAUUCCAGCAUAGCCUUGCCACUUAUUAUUUAUUAUUGUUUGUUUUUUAAUUUUUUAAUGUUAAAUAUAUAUAUAAGAGUAUUUCCUUCUUCUUUUUUAAAUGUGUUGUGAGGUUGAUAGCAGAUGUUACUUUCAUUUUUGUUUUGUUACAUGUUUUUAAUUUCCUUUGAAAAGUGUUUUAUUGUGAUCAUGAGACAUACAAUGUACAAUACACUUAAGGCUAGUGGACGUGAUUAUGAAGGGAUGUAGGUAAAUAAGAUAUAAAAAUCAAGUC